AUGGCCCAUAUUUCCCCAGCAGUGGUAAUAGACAAUGGUUCUUAUACAACCAAAGCAGGUUUUGCUCUGGAUGAUCUACCUUCACUCGUUUUCAACACAAAUUAUAUAUUGGACAAAUCCAUCAACAAGGUGAUUGUGGGAGAUGAUGAGAUGGACAAAAACUCACAGUCAGCAGUGUCCACAUUGCUAGAAGAUGGUAUAAUUUAUAAUUUUGAUAACAUCGCCCAUAAUUGGCGUUAUGUAUACGACAACAUAGAUAAUCAUAAUCUGAUAGAUGCCACUGAGUUCCCCUUAGUAAUGACUGAACAAUCAUGGAACACAAUGAAGGCAAAGGUGAAAACAUGUCAGAUUGUAUUUGAGGAGUUUGAAGUACCUUUGUUUAGUCUUGUCAAAAAUCCUUUGAGUCAAUUGUACCGGUGCGGCAAAUCAACAGGGUUGGUUAUUGAUGUUGGAUCGAGUGUGGCUAGUGUUACACCCAUAUUGGAUGGAGUAAUACAAACCAAAUGCUCCUUCCAUUCCAAAUAUGCUGGAGAUUUUCUCAACUUGCACAUUUUGAAUUACUUGAAAGGAAAGGUACAAUCUGUUGACGAAUUAUUGCCGGCUUCUUACAGAACUGCAUCAGAAUCAUUCAAGUCGUAUUACAUGUCAACUCAUGUGUUACAAGAAUACAAAAACCUAUCGUUGAAUUACCAAGUCACUAACCUUGAAGUUUACGAUCACAAGUUUUUGGAUGUAAGUGACCAACGAAAUUAUUUGGAAAACUUAUUUGAUCCUUACUUGAACAAGUUGCCAAAUAUCAACUUGCCUGAACCUUCACUUGACGUGCCAUCUUCUCAAGGAUUGACCAACUUGGUAUAUAUGGCCAUCAGAAGCCUUGAAGCUUCUUUAUUACCCAACAGCGACGACCCAAGAUCACAAUCGCAAAAUCGAUUCGCUAGAUUCAUGGAUAUUUUCAAGCAAUUAUUAUCCAAUGUUUUGGUCACUGGCGGUGCGUCAUUGGCUAGUGAGUUGCCUGAUCAUAUAAUCAACGACAUCAAGGCAUUGAUGCAAAAAUACUUCCCCACUUAUCCGUUUUCAUAUCAUGUUCAACAAAUUAGACCUACUCCAAACAACGAUAAUGCUGAUAUUUGGGAUAGACAGUUUGGAAGUUGGCUAGGCGCUUGUAAUUUGGCUAGUAUGUUGAAUGAGAGCGACGAGAAUUCAAGUAGUGCAAAAAUUGCUUUGGAUAAUUGGUUUAUCUCCAAAUCAGAUUACGAAGAAUUAGGAGAGGACUUGAUACUUGAAAAAUUCAAGUAG